GACUAUUUUGUAACUUAAUGUAAUUAUACACGAAACAGUCGUAGACACAAAAUACGAAAUUGCAUCAUACAUGUGUGAUCCAUCCAGCGGACAGCGAGAACGAAUACAAUCAGAUUAUUGCUUCGGACGGUUUCACCAUCCUUGGAACAGUAACCAUGACAACGACAGUUGACUCAGAGUGGUUUCCAGAGGAGAAGUACCGAGUUCAGAAAACUUGGCUUCAGAGUUUUUGCACUCGGGUUCUAAAGACUGGACCUGUUCCCAAACACAUCGCCUUCAUCAUGGAUGGUAACAGACGAUUUGCAAAGAAGGAAUCAGUGGAGAAAGCCGAGGGACACCGGAGAGGAUUUGAUAAAAUGGCAGAGAUGCUACAGUGGUGUCUAGACUUCGAUAUUAAGGAGGUUACAGUAUACGCCUUCAGUACUGAGAAUUUCAAACGAUCGAAGGAAGAGGUAGAUGGACUGAUGGAGCUUGCCAGACAGAAGUUUGCACGGUUACUUCAAGAAAAGGAGCAACUAAUGAAACAUGGAGUUUGCAUACGAGUCUUAGGGGAUCUUCAUCUACUUCCUAGAGACGUACAAGAGGUUGUGGCUGAGGCUAUGUACUUCUCAAGGAAUAAUACAAAUGCUAUUUUAAAUGUCUGUCUAGCUUACACAUCAAGAAACGAGAUAACCAAUGCAAUGAAGGAGAUGGCUAUAGGAGUAGACGAAGGACUGCUUAGACCAAGUGACGUUUCUGAGGAGCUUCUAGAGAAGUGUCUUUAUACCAGCCACUCUCCUGAUCCAGAUCUACUUCUCAGGACUUCUGGGGAAGUUAGACUCAGUGAUUUCCUCUUGUGGCAGAGCAACUACUCCGUCCUGUCCUUCAUUGAGGUACUGUGGCCUGAGUUCACCACUUGGCAUCUCUACUCUGCAAUUCUUCACUACCAGAGCAAUUACGCCUCAAUUGCAGCAGCGAGAGAAGCCAAUAAACACGAGCAAGCUGAGAGACAGCAGAGAUCUGACCUGACCUGUGCCGUCCGUGAGAUGGAAACAAGACGAGAACAGAGCCACGAGACAUCCUCGUCAGUGAAUGUCCAAACACAUGUCCAGAAGUACACUCAAGAAAGACAGGCCAGAGUGACAAAAUUCCUGGCACACCUUGAGGGAAAGAGGGCGGAAUAUAUCACUAGUCUUCUCCCAGAAACCUCCAACAGAGAAAUACCGAUUGCUAAACUUAUACCCACGUGUUGACAAUGAAGCUUGGGUGGGGAGGGGGGGACAAUCCUAAAUAUCAAGAAGACAGUUGUUUUAUUGGGACUGAACGAUGAAAGUAAUAAUUAGAUUGGAAAUUUGUGGGAUGGCUUUGUUCGGCAAAAUUUGUUGGAGCCUCUAUUUUUUUAUAAUGUAACAAGAAUUUAAUACAUGAGCUGUCCCCUUUCUUUGAAAUGGAGAGGUUUUAAUCAUAACAUACAUAAAAACCAAAAAUACAACAGUACAUGUUUUUGAAUAAUUAUAUUUUAUGCUAUAAUUAUUUGUCAGUUAUAUCCAACAUGGUUAAACAUACUAUAAAACUCUGGAAUUGCAUGUUAAAACAUUUUCUUUUUAAGGUUUGUCCAUUAUUAUACUUGCUUUCUUUUCAAAAAGUAUCAUACAAGCGUAACGUACAAAAGCAGCUUAUGUUUUGUUUUUGGAUGUCUGGUCUAUUUUUGUUUAUUUGUGAUUUCAUAUACAGCUUAGCUAAUUGUAUAAUAAAGAAGUAACUUAUAAAUUUCA